AUGACGUUUGGCAUCACGACGAGAGCGGCGUUUGGAGGAAAAAUGAAAGAUCAAAAGGCAUUCGUAUGUGCUAUUGAAGAAGGUAUAGAUUUGGCAGGAGGUUUCACAGUGGCUGAUGUGUUUCCUUCCUUCGAAUUUAUUGACUCAAUCAGUGGGGUAAAGAGUAAAAUUAAGGAGAUUCAUGACAGAGUUGAUAGAUUGUUUGACGCCAUUAUCGAUGAGCAUAAAAGUAGAAGGGCAACAAGGAAGACAAAUGAGCGUGAAGAGGAUGAUGAUCAUAAAGAUUUCUUAGAUGAUGAUCAUAAAGGUUUCUUAGAUGAUGAUCAUAAAGAUUUCUUAGACGUUCUUUGGAACUUGCAGAAUAAUGGAGACCAUGAUUUUACCUUUAGUAAUGACAACAUCAAAGCAGUUAUUGUGGUUAGACGUUUUCACUGCUGGGGUGAUACAUCUUCUACAACUGUUGAAUGGGCAAUGUCAGAAUUGCUGAAAAAUCCAAGAGCCAUGGAGAAAGCACAAGCAGAGGUGAGGAAUGUGUUCCGUAUGAAAGGAACAGUUGAUGAAGAAGGGCUUCAUGAAUUGAAUUAUUUGAAGGCAGCAAUCAAAGAAUCUAUGAGAUUACACCCCGCUGCUCCGUUGCUACUUCCAAGGGAAUGUAGGAAAAGCUGUGAGAUUUUCGGAUACGAAAUACCUGUCAAGACUAAAGUUUGGUAA